AUGACUGAAGCCCAGAACAGCCAACAUCUUCCCUCCGAGACCGUGCAGCCCACGCAGGUCGAUGACGCACCGCAACAGGCAAGCACGCAACCUGGAGAUGGCUCGGAGGUGCAGGUGCAAGGCGGCAAGCCCAGCUUCAAAGAGCAGGUUAUUGGUUAUGCACAGAAGACGCGCGGGGCUACUCUAGGAAAGCAAGAGCUUAAGCAACAUGGGGAGGCAGUCAUCCAGGGCCAGGCUGACGCGCGCGAGCCUCCACCAAAGCACUGA